AAAAGGAAAGACCUCUAAUUGUGAAUUGUGAUACUAUCCCCAACUUUGGACUAGAUUAAACUAUAAAGAUUUCCCCCAAAAAAAAGUUGCAAAAUUUUCCAAAAAAGAAAAUACUCCAAAACCAGUCCCUCACCAGUGACUGAUGACCGAUUCGUUUUGAUACCCGAAAAAAAACUCAAAAAGAAGCUAUAAAAAGCAAAGAUUUGCCACCAAACAAACUGCUAACUUUUCAUUGUUGUCUAUUGAGAGAAAAGAGAAAUGGAUAGAUUUGCAGAGUUAAAAGAGACAGUUGAGAAGAUAGAGUUAUUCGAUGCACAUGCCCACAACAUCGUGGCCAUUGAUUCAUCUUUUCCUUUCAUCAGAUGUUUUUCUGAAGCUCAUGGUCAUGCAUUAGAAUUUGCUCCUCACUCUCUCUCCUUCAAGAGAGGGGUGAGGGAAAUUGCUGAACUCUAUGGGUGCAAAUCAUCUUUGCAUAGUAUUGAAGAUUAUCGGAGACACUCUGGAAUAGAAUCUAUUAGCUCAACUUGUUUUGGCUCUGCAAGGAUGUCUGGACUGCUUAUUGAUGAUGGUCUUGAUUUUGAUAAGAAGUACGACAUAGAGUGGCAUAAGGAUUAUGUGCCUUUUGUUGGUCGAAUUUUAAGAAUUGAGCACUUGGCAGGAAAGAUUCUGGACGAAGAUUUUCCAGAUGGAGCUCCAUGGACGCUGAACAAGUUUACGGAAGUUUUUGUUAGAAAAUUGACGUCAUUAGCGACUACAGUGGUUGGACUGAAAAGUAUAGCUGCAUAUCGUGGUGGUCUUGAGAUUGAUCCAUAUGUUAGCAAACAGGAGGCUGAAAAUGGUCUUUCUGAAGUUUUAAGUGCUGGGAAGCCUGUCCGCAUUGCAAAUAAGAAGUUGAUCGACUAUAUCUUUAUUCGUAGUUUAGAGGUUGCUCUGGAAUUUGACUUGCCAAUGCAGAUACAUACAGGGUUUGGAGACAAAGAUCAGGAUUUGAGGACAUCGAACCCGCUUCAUCUUCGAAAGGUACUUGAAGACACAAGAUUUUCCAAGUGUCGUCUUGUUCUCUUACAUGCUUCCUACCCAUUUUCAAAGGAGGCAUCAUACUUGGCAUGCGUCUAUUCCCAGGUCUACCUUGACUUUGGUUUGGGACUGCUCUUACUUAGCAACAAUGGGAUGAAAUCCACAGUCAAAGAUCUACUGGAACUGGCCCCUACGAAAAAGGUGAUGUUCAGCACCGAUGGCUCUGCAUUUCCUGAAGCAUUCUACUUAGGUGCCCGGAGAGCACGUGAAGUUAUCUUUUCAGUUUUACGUGAUUCUUGCACUGAUGGGGAUCUUUCAAUUCCUGAAGCAUUGGAAGCAGCUAAGGACCUGUUUGCUCAAAAUGCUAUUAAGUUUUACAAGAUCAAGUUGAGUGCUGAAUCGGACUUAAAAAAAGCCAUAUCUAAGAAGUUUGAGAUUGGAGAUCUUGUGCCACAAAGUAAUAUUACUUUAGUCCGUAUAAUCUGGGUCGACACUUCAGGGCAGUGCAGAUGUCGAGCUGUUCCUCUGAAACGCUUCCAUGAAGUUGUCAAGAAAAAUGGUGUUGGUUUAACUUUUGCAUGCAUGGGAAUGACCUCGUUUAUGGACGGUCCAGCUGCUGAGUCUAACUUAACAGGAACAGGCGAGAUCAGACUUAUUCCUGACCUAUCAACCCUUAGGACAAUCCCAUGGAUAAAAGGUGAAGAGAUGGUUUUAUCUGACAUGUAUCUCAAGCCUGGUGAACCCUGGGAAUAUUGUCCAAGGGAGGCAUUGAGGAGGGUUGCAAAAGUUCUGAAAGAAGAAUUUAAUAUGGAAAUGAAUGCAGGCUUUGAGAAUGAAUUUUAUCUCCUGAGACCUGUUACAAGGGAUGGAAGAGAAGAAUGGGCCCCAUUUGAUUUAUCCCCAUACUGUUCAACUUCAUCAUUUGAUGCAGCUUCUGCCAUCCUUCAAGAGAUGUUUGCUGCACUGCAGUCUCUAGAUAUUACACUGGAGCAGGUACAUGCAGAAUCUGGGAAAGGCCAAUUUGAGAUGGCACUGGGACACACUCUUUGCACCCGUGCUGCUGAUAAUUUGGUUUUCACCCGUGAAGUUAUCAGGGGUGUUGCUAGGAAACACGGAUUGCUGGCAACUUUUGCACCAAAGUAUGCAUUAGAUGACAUCGGGUCUGGAUCCCAUGUGCAUUUAAGUUUGUGGGAGAAUGGGGUAAAUGUUUUCACAGGAGCUGCUGGAUCUAGUCAUGGAAUGUCCAAAGUUGGUGAGGAGUUUAUGGCUGGAGUUCUAUUUCAUCUUCCGGCCAUUUUGGCAUUUACUGCUCCAAAUCCAAAUAGCUAUGAUCGCAUACAACCGGAUACUUGGAGUGGAGCAUAUCGUUGCUGGGGGAAAGAGAACAGGGAAGCUCCUUUGAGAACUGCGUGUCCACCUGGGGUUGCAGAUGGUCUUGUAAGCAACUUUGAAAUUAAAUCAUUUGAUGGAUGUGCAAAUCCCUACCUGGGUUUGGCUUCUGUAAUUGCUGCAGGAAUUGAUGGCUUACGGCAACACCUUACUCUGCCUCUUCCUGUUGAUUCGAACCCUUCUAGCCUUGAUGGUAAACUUGAGAGACUGCCAAAAUCACUUGCGGAAUCCUUGGAUGCUCUUCACAAGGACAACUUCUUUAAAGACUUCCUUGGUGAGAAGCUAUUGACGGCUGUAAAGGGAGUUAGGAAGGCUGAAGUAGAUUACUACUCACAGAAGAUUGACGCAUACAAGGAUCUGAUAUACCGGUAUUAGGGUGCCUUCACUAUAUGUCACAUGGACGACUAAUCUCAUUUAUACAACAUAUAGGAUCUACCCAGUAGAUAAUCGUCCCAUUGAAUUUAUGUUCAUUGCUGAAUUGUACACAUAAUAAUGAUAUUUAAUAAAGUUUAUGAUCAUAUUGUCAAAUUGUAAUCAGUUUACUGGGAACAUUUAGUACAACCUUUACACGGAAUGAAAAAGAAAUCAAGGCCUUAUUUCGUUUGAA